AUCACCCCAGUCGCCCAAUCCCUCCAACCUCUUCCGCCCCCCACAGCGGUUCGGCCCCCCGCCCUGGCCUCCGAUGUUCGUGGCGCCAGCCAUCGCACAGCCGCCAGCCCCGUUGGCGCCCCCCUCGGCGCCAGCCGCCGCCCGCGGCGCCGCGGAGGCUCGAGGGUUGCCCGCGGGCGCGGGCGCCGCUGCCUCGGGCUUCCGCCCUUGCGCCGCGGCAGUGGUCACCGGUGGUUUCUUCGCCGUCGUCGAGGCGCGACGGCGCCAUCGGCGCCAGCGCCGCCUCCACGACGUCGCUGCCGCGGGCCGCGGCGCGUGCGCGCGGUGCGCGGCGGGGGCGACGGUGGUCGCCGAGCCAGCAGAGGAUUCACCAAGCCAGGACGAGGUUGACCUGCCACCCGCGCUCCGCGGCGGCAGCCUGUGGAGCGAGUUCGGGGUGCACCCGCCGCUGGGGAGCUCCGCGCUCCAGCUGCGACGAUUCCCUGACCGGGGCCUCGGCUGGGUGGCGACGCGGGACAUCGAGGAGGGCGAGGCGCUGCUCGCAGUGCCUUUAAAAGAUAUUCUGUGCGCGCCGAUGGGGCCCGACUCCGAGGCGGAACUCGCCGCCGCGUUGCUGCAGGUACUCGGCGAGGGCCCCCGCUUCGACGGCAGCCCUGGGAAGGAACCCGUCGACGAGAUUUGGAGCAAAUACACGGGCGCGGCGUUCCCGUCGGCACCGGCCGGCGCAGCCCUCACUUGGAACGAGGCCGACAUAGAGGCGCUAGAGUUCCCCAGCGUGGUGGGGCAGCUCAAAGCCUACAGGGCCCACCUGCUCCAGUCCGCCGAGCAGGUGGCCGCCUUUACCGGCGCGCCGCUGGACAGGUGCACGUGGGCCGUCAACGCCGUUGUGACCCGCUCCUUCGGCGAGGACCACCUCGGCCGGGUGCUGGCCCCAUUCGCCGACCUGUUCAACGACAGGCCCAUGGCACCGGCGAUCUGGGCGGCCAAGCGGGCGAUGAACCCCGAGUACCCCGUGACCGCGUGGACCUUCGCGGAGACGGAUGGAGAGGACGGCCAAAAGUGGUUCUUGAUGCGGUCCAUGGCUCCUGUGGCAGUGGGCCAAGAGGUCGCCAUCUGCUACGGCGAGGGCUCCCACGCCGAGGUGCACGUGUUCUCCUCGCCGGCCGAGCUCGUGGAGGCCGUGGCGAACUUGUCGGGCCGCACACACUCCAUGGAGCCGCGGCUCGAGUUGCUGACUAACGCCACCAACGCCGCGGCGCCGCUCGCGGUCCGGCCCGGCGGGCUGGGCGCUUCCGCCCAUUUGCUCAGCUGCAUGGAGGUUGCGCUGGUCGACGACGUGGACUUGCCGAGCGUCCGGGAGGUCUGGUCGAUCGGCGCGGGGCACGCGGUCCUCCAGCCCGGCGUCCCAGAGGACCGGCGCGCGGCUCUGCGGAAGGAGGUGCUCGAGCUCGCGAGCCAAGUCGUCACCCAGAGGCUGUCUGAGCUGACCCCAGCGAGCGCGGACGAGGAUGAAAUCAGGGACACCGAGGCCAAGCUCGCCGCAGGAGCCGAGAGCGAGGACGGCGUUGGCCUUAGCAGCAGAGGCGAAGAGAGGUUGCGCCGGCGCCAUUUGGCAGCUAGGUUCCGGCUCGGUGCCAAGGGCGUGUUGUCCCAGUUCCUCAGGAGGGCCGCCGAGGACGAACCCACGUUCUAGCAACUUCGAGUUUCAAGUCUGAGCCGCCCUCUGCCUCUGCGUCUCCGCGCGCCAGCCGUGUUGUUUGGGUUUCGAAGCGGCGGCCGCAGCGCGCGGCGCGGAUCGCGGCCACAACCCGACGGCGACCGCAGCAGACCGUCAUCGUCGUUGUCGUUUUCUUUUUUGCUCUCUUCCUCCUCCUCCUCCUCCUCCUCCUC